AUGUCUGGCCCAAUCAAGUCCUCAUUGGCCAAAGCUGUUGCAGCCAUCAAGGAGCCUGCAUUCCAAAAAAGCACUGAAACAUUCGUCGAAGGCAUCGCUGCCAAGGUCCCUAUCAUCACCGGAAUCAAGUUGAACGGAUCUCAGCCCCAUAAGUCCCACGACGACCCAGCUGAUCCUAAGCCCGUCAUAUCCUUCGCUCUUUACAAGUCGAACAAAUUAAACAGCCAGAGUCGUGUUGCAAGUGGUCACGUUCAUGAUGACGGCACUGGACAUAUCAAUUUCCGCUCCAAAUACAAGCAAUAUCGCGUUACCACAUAG